UUUUCAAUACCCAUUUGUAACUAAACAUGAGGAUUACAUCUUCCAUUGUUCUCACAGUAUAGAUUCGUAAUUCAACUUAAAAGUUUGUACUGUUUUGUGUUACCAUGGGAUAUCAUAUAAACUCCACAACUAGUGAUUUGUCCAUUCCUCUGUUCUUCUAAUUUCAAAAAUUCAGCUUCAUGAGUUGUUGAAUAUCGCAUGUUUGAUGAAAAUCUUAAACACUUGAAAUCAACAGUAGAUCACAAAUCUUAGCAUUCGAGUAAUGGACUACUAAUGAGUUCAUAACCACGAUGGGUAUAUUGGACUUUCAGCAUGGAGAUUUCGACAGCAGAGAUUAAUAAAUUGUGUGAUUAUUUGGUUUUGAUCGCCUUGAUUCAAUUAUUCUGAAACAAAUUGAAUUCUGCUGAGGAUGCCUGAUCAUCUUCAUCAUCUUCAUCGCCACCACCAUGAACGAGAAAGAGAUAAGAGAGAAGAAGAUGAAGAUGAAACGGAAGAGUUUAAGGUGGAAAAGUUGAAGGAUCGCAUUCUAUCAUCAAGAGGAAGCCGAUUUGAUUUGAUAACAAACGAGUUAGGAUUGGAUAAUCAGACACGUAGAAAAAUCAGUAGAGAAGAUUUUAUUAACGGUAUCAGAGGCUUUGUCAUUCAUCCAGACAACAGGUGGUAUCUGAUAUGGACAAGGAUCAUACUGAUAUGGGCAAUUUAUUCUUCAUUCUUUACUCCAGUCGAAUUUGGAUUCUUCAGGGGUUUGCCAGACAAAUUAUUCAUCCUCGAUAUUGCUGGACAGUUUGCUUUCUUUGUAGAUAUCAUCAUUCAAUUCUUUGUAGCUUUCAGAGACCCACAAACUUAUCGUAUGGUUUCCAAGCGGACUACCAUUGCGCUCCGUUACUUGAAAUCAAGUUUCAUCUUGGAUCUUCUCGCUUGCUGUCCAUGGGAUCUUAUCUAUGCGUCUUGUGGUAAAAAAGAAGAAGUGAGAUAUCUCUUGUGGAUAAGGCUGUACCGAGUGCGAAAAGUGAUAGAGUUUUUUCAGCAUAUGGAGAAAGACAUUCGUAUCAACUACUUGUUCACUAGGAUUGUAAAACUUCUAGCAGUUGAACUCUAUUGCACCCACACGGCUGCCUGCAUCUUUUACUACCUGGCGACAACUCUGCCAGCUGAGAAGGAAGGAUAUACUUGGAUAGGAAGUCUGAAAUUGGGCGACUACAGUUAUUCGAAUUUUAGAGAAAUUGAUCUUGGGAAACGAUACAUUGUUUCACUGUAUUUUGCCAUUGUCACCAUGGCAACUGUUGGUUAUGGAGAGAUACAUGCAGUAAAUGUCAGGGAGAUGAUAUUUGUCAUGAUUUACGUGUCGUUCGAUAUGAUUCUUGGAGCUUACUUGAUUGGUAACAUGACAGCGCUAAUAGUAAAAGGUUCAAAGACAGAAAGAUUUAGGGAUAAAAUGGCGGAUAUAAUGAAAUAUAUGAAUAGAAACAAACUAGGAAAGGAAAUCCGUGAUCAAAUCAAAGGUCACUUGCGGUUACAGUAUGAAAGCAGUUACACGGAGGCUGUUGUUCUCCAGGAUAUUCCAAUAUCUAUCCGCGCUAAGAUUUCACAAACUUUAUACAGAGAUUUUAUUGAAGAUGUUCCUCUCUUUAAAGGAUGCUCUCCAGAGUUAAAGAAUCAGAUCGUAAUUAGACUCCACGAGGAGUUUUUUCUUCCAGGAGAAGUGAUUAUGGAACAGGGCAACAUUGUUGAUCAAAUUUAUUUUGUUUGUGAUGGUGUGCUGGAAGAGAUGGGUAUAGGAGAAGAGGGAUCUGAAGUAACUGUCUCACUUCUUGAACCUAAUAGUUCGUUCGGGGAACUUUCCAUCCUUUGCAAUAUGCCCCAGCCUUAUACCAUUCGCGUUUGUGAACUAUGUAGGCUCUUACGACUUGAUAAGGAAUCUUUUAUAAGUAUCCUCGAGAUUUGUUCUUCCGAUGAGAGAAUAAUCUUGACCAACCUUUUGGAGGGGAAAGAGUCUAAUAAAGACUUUCACCGAAUGAAGCAAUUGGAAUCGGACGUCAUGUUUCAUAUUGGAAAGCAAGAAGGAGAGCUUGCUUUGAGGGUUAACAGUGCAGCAUGUCAUGGGGAUUUGUAUCACCUGAAGCGUUUGAUUCGAGCUGGAGCUGAUCCCAACAAAACAGAUUAUGAUGGAAGGACGCCUUUGCAUAUCGCGGCGUCAGAAGGAUUUGAACACAUUGCGUCUUUUCUUAUUCAAGAAGGUGUUGGUGUAAACAUUGCAGAUAAAUUUGGGAAUACACCUUUAUUCGAAGCCGUCAAGAGAGGAAAUGAUCGAGUGGCUUCGUUACUUGUCAAGGAAGGAGCAUCACUAAAUAUUGUGGAUGGCGGUAGUUGUCUCUGUCAGGCUGUUUCAAGGGGGGAUUCCGAUUUCGUAAAAAGGUUAUUGUCCAAUGGACUAGAUCCGAAUUCCAAAGAUUACGAUCAAAGAACAGCACUUCAUGUGUCCGUUUCACAAGGAUCAUAUAUGAUUGCAAAAGUGCUAAUAGAAGGUGGGGCUAGUGUGUUAACUCGCGACAGAUGGGGAAAUACUCCAGUUGAUGAAGGCCGCACUAGUGGGAACAAGAAAUUGAUUAAGCUAUUGGAGGAGGCAGAGUCUGCUGAGCUGUCCACAGCCAGUACCAGUGGCAGUGCCAUUGACAAUACAUCAGAGUUACAAGUAACAAAUAAAGCGAAUCCAAGGAAAUGCACGGUAUUCCCUUUCCACCCAUGGGACCCGAAGGAGAAACGAAAAGAAGGGGUCGUGUUGUGGGUUCCACCAAGUGUGGACGAGCUCAUCAGUAUGGCAUCAGAGCACCUUCAAUUCUAUGAUGGUUCACGCAUUUUAUCAGAGGAUGGCGGUAAGAUUCUUUAUAUUGAAAUGAUUCAUGAUGGCCAAAAACUUCAUCUGGUCUAAAGAACACGAUAAAUGUAAGAAUCAAAUAUAUAGGUAGUGAAUCUGAACAUGCAAUCACACCCUCUAUCACUGUAUCACCAUCACAAAAAUUGUCCUCAAUUGUCCUAGGUUUCAAGUUCUUAAGAAUACUGAUGUACAGAUGCGAGUCUACACUAGUCAGAAGGGUAUGUUGAAUCAAGAUAUGUAGUUUUUCCCUGUUAGGACCCUUAAGGUUUCUGUACUAAAAAUCUACCUUGGGUUCAUUAUAAAUAUUCGAUGUGGAAUUCAUUUGCUUAAAAGUCUUUGUAAGAUAGUUCAAAUGGAAUCAGAAUCUGGAAAGAUGAUUGAAGCUAAUAGUAGAAUAUUGCAGCA